AUGGAAGGUCUCAAACCUCCAAAACCACUUAGAGUGGAAGGUAACACCGCCGAGAAUUGGCGAAAGUGGCGACAACAAUUCGAAUGGUACCGAAUUGCCACAGAUCUACGAUCGAAGGGAGAGGAUCUGCAGUGCGCGGCCCUGCUUAGCUCGAUCGGAGAAGAAGCCGUCGAAAUUUACACAAGUUUCGUGUUUACCGACGCAGAAAAAGACAAAUACGAUCCACUGGUGGAGAAGUUUGAACAAUAUUGCACUCCGAAGAAGAAUGUAACCUACGAAAGGCACGUAUUUAAUUCAAGAAUACAGCUGGACGGCGAAACAUUCGAUAAUUUUCUCACGGACCUCCGCAACAAGUCAAAAACUUGUGAGUACGGAACUCUUUCAGAUUCAUUGAUAAAAGACCGAAUAGUCUAUGGUAUUAGGUCAAACAAUGUCAGAGAAAGACUCCUGAGAGAAAGAACACUAGAUUUAUCCAAAGCUAUUGACAUUUGCCGAGCCGCAGAACUGUCAAAAUCGCAUCUAGAAAACCUGAAUUCGUCGACGUCCGCAAGUGCGAACGUAAGCAACAGUGCAAGCCGUGUACAUGGCAGUGUACAUACGGGUACUUCGAGUGUAAACAAAAUCAACAAGUGGUCGAAAAAGUCGGCAGGAACCAAGUCCAAAGACUCAAAAACGUCUAAUUUUCAUGGUCAAGGCAAUGACUGUGGAAAUUGCGGUAGGCAACAUCUUCCCAAACAAUGUCCUGCAUACGGAAAAUCAUGCCGGGGUUGUGGAAAGAAAAAUCAUUACGAAAGAUUUUGUCGAUCUACGAAACGUAGCCAUCAAGGAAAAUUCGGGAAAAGUGUUCAUGCAGUAUGUCAAUACGAUGAAGAAGAUGACGACAACUUGCAACAGUUCGAACAAUUGUUCAUUGGAACAGUCAAUUCAAAACCGAAAUCAUCAGAUAUGCAUGAUAAUGAAGCGCAAUGGCAUGUACAACUGCCAAUAGGUCCAAAACGCGACAAAAUGCUAUUCAAAAUAGAUACGGGAGCACAGGCUAACGUAAUUCCGUAUUACAUGUUUCGUAAAAUUCGGAAAGCGCCAGCGUUGUCACAAGUCAGGAACGUGAAAUUGUCAACAUACGACGGAUCGGAAAUCAAAGUUCGUGGCAAGUGUAGUCUCACAUGUACGCAUAAAAACCGCGAUUAUCAAAUCGAAUUCAUCGUAGCUAAUGUCAAAACUGAAGCUAUUCUGGGAGCAAAGUCAAGUGUUCACCUAGGAUUGUUGAAACGCAUUUACGAUGUGAGAUCUAGCACUAACAAUGGUUCUGAAACUGAAACCGAAACUACGAUUGGGAAAACCAAUCAGCCCAAUCGCAUUGCGAAAUCAGAUAGCAAAUCUCAAGCUAUUCUUGACGAAUACGAAGAUUUAUUUCAUGGGAUUGGUUGUCUCAAAGUCCCUGAUCAUCACAUAAGUCUCAAGGAAAACGCGAAUCCAGUGAUUUAUCCGCCAAGGAAAAUGCCGGAAGCUUUAAAACCUAGACUUAAAGCUGAACUGUCAAAAAUGCAAGAACAGAACAUUAUCAAAAGCGUGGAUGAGCCCACCGAUUGGGUCAAUCCUAUUGCAUGCGUAGAAAAGCCGGAUGGUAGUUUGCGAAUAUGUUUAGAUCCUAAAGAGCUUAAUCAAGCAAUUAGACGUGAACAUUACGAAUUACCAACAGCAGAUGAUAUCAGUGCAAAACUAGCAGGCGCGAAAUAUUUCUCUGUCCUCGACGCAUCGAGUUCGUUUUGGCACAUUAAGCUUGACCACGCGAGUUCAAGACUCACAACUUUCAACACGUGUUUCGGUAGAUUUCGUUUUCUACGUUUACCGUUUGGUAUAUCUUCAGCUUCUGAGGUGUUUCAGAAGAUACUAGCACAGAUAUUGGAAGGACUGGAAGGAUGCUGUAAUUCAGUCGAUGACAUUUUAGUAUAUGCAGAUACUAAAGAACACGAUGUCAGAUUGCGCAAAGUUCUUAAUCGUCUUCGCGAAGUAGGACUCAAACUCAAACAAGCCAAAUGCAUCGUAGGUGUAACAGAGGUCAUUUAUGUAGGACUCAUGCUUACACAAAAUGGUGUAAAACCUAAUCCGACAAAGGUAGAGGCGAUCAUCAAAAUGCCACAUCCAGAAGAUAAAAGUGCAUUGAUGAGAUUCAUUGGCAUGGUUCAAUACUUUGGAAAGUUCAUACCGAACUUAUCGCAGAUCAGCGCACCGCUACGCGAGUUACUCCAGAAGGACACUCAAUGGCAUUGGGAUGAACCACAAAGAAACGCAAUUGAACUGUUAAAGCAAAAGCUAACCGAAGCUCCAGUGUUAAGUUACUAUGAUCCUAAGAAGGAACUGACUGUCACAGCCGACGCGUCAAAAGACGGAAUAGGAGCCGCAUUGCUACAGGAACGCCACCCGAUUGCUUUCGCAUCCAGAGCCUUAACAUCAUGCGAACAAAAUUACGCGCAAAUUGAAAAGGAAACAUUAGCCGCAACAUUCGCAUGUGAGAAAUUUCACCAAUAUGUUUAUGGGCGCGACUUUCUCAUUGAGUCUGAUCAUAAGCCGCUAGAAACAAUUGUGAAAAAACCGCUAUUCAAAGCACCACCCAGGAUACAACGCUUCCUACUGCGACUACAGAAGUACAACUUCAAGUUAGUGCAUGUCCCAGGAAAACAAUUGAUAGUAGCAGAUACACUAUCGAGAGCCAAUCUUCCCGGUCAAGAGGAAAGCGACAUGGAAAGAGAAGUGAAUCUUCAAGUUCAUUUGCUCAUUAGCUCAUUAGCAGUAUCCGAUAAGAAACUAAAAGAGCUUCAAAUCGCAACAGCUCAGGACACUGAACUUCAGAAACUACAGGAAACAAUCAGAAAUGGUUUUCCUGAACAUAGAAGAAGCCUGGACAAUUCAUUAGAUCCAUAUUGGCAAGACCAAGACGAAUAUCAUGUAGCUGAAGAACUGGUAUUCAAAGGCAACCGCAUAGUUGUACCGCGUUCGCUCAGAUCUGAAAUGAUAGACAUUAUUCAUCAAGGACAUCUAGGCACAGAAAUGUGUAAGCGCAGAGCAAAAGAAUUGCUAUUUUGGCCAGGUAUGCUAACCGAUAUUACCGAUAAAGUAUCGAAAUGCGGAGUCUGUCAGAAAUUCUCGCACAAACAGCAGAAAGAGCCAUUGAAACCGAAUGAAACUCCAACCAGACCAUGGCAACAAACAGCUAGUGAUUUGUUCUACUUUCAUUGCAAGGACUAUUUAGUCAUAGUAGAUGCAUACUCCGGAUUUUUUGAAGUCGAAAUGUUAGAGGACACUUCUUCAGAGACAGUGAUAAAUCACAUCAAGAAAACAUUCGCGAGGCAUGGCAUACCUGAAUCGUUGUUUACUGACAAUGGUCCGCAAUACACCAGUAGAAAAUUCAAAGAAUUUGCCGAUAAAUGGUCAUUCAUUCACAAAACCUCUAGUCCGCGUUAUCCACGUGCAAAUGGAUUAGCCGAACGAACUGUACAAACUGUCAAGAACUUGUUAAAGAAAGCAAAAGAGGCGGGACAAGAUCCCUACCUAGCGCUAUUAACAUACCGCGAUACGCCGCGCAGUAAUGACAUGGAGUCACCAGCACAGUUACUCCUAGGUCGUAGGCUAAGGUCGCAACUUCCAGUACUAGCUGAGAAAUUGAAAACAAACCAACCGGACAGUCAAAUUGUGCAUGAGAAACUUUUGCAACGCAAAAAUGUCGCCAAGACAAUGCAUGAUAGACACUCCAGAAAAAUGCCGUAUCAACCGCUGAAACCUGGAGAUCAGGUCCGUAUCCAAAAUGAAAAAGUCUGGACACCAGGAGAGAUCAUGGCAAAAGCAGAUCAACCCAGAUCAUACCAUGUACAGACUUCAAAUGGAAAUGUUCUAAGGAGAAACAGGAGUCACAUGAAGAAGGUCCCAACGGGAAGUACAAGAACAAUAAAAGAACAAUUUCCACAAACUACUCUAGAAGAUGAGGAAACCAUCAGAAAUGAAAACACUAACAUUGGACAAUCAUUAGAAACAAACAGUCAACCUAUAGUUACAAGGUCUGGCAGAGUCGUCAAACCAAACCGCAGAUAUCAAGACUAUGUUUGCAACUAG